CAUGGUUGGUCGUUGUCUAUUACGCGUUGUGCCAGUUGUCACUAGUUGUGAGAGAUAAAGAAUCGUGCGAGACGCGAGAUAGCAGGAUUGUGACAAUAUGAUGCAAUUUAUGUUACUGUUCAGUCGCCAAGGAAAGCUUCGUCUACAAAAGUGGUAUGUUGCGCAUCCAGAUAAGUUGAAAAAGAAAAUCACGCGCGAACUGAUCACCACGAUACUCGCACGAAAACCGAAAAUGUCGAGUUUCUUAGAAUGGAAGGACGUUAAGGUUGUUUACAAAAGAUACGCAAGUUUAUACUUUUGCUGUGCAAUUGAGCAGAACGACAAUGAAUUACUGACAUUGGAGAUUAUACAUCGAUAUGUUGAAUUAUUGGAUAAGUAUUUUGGUAGUGUAUGCGAGUUGGAUAUAAUUUUCAAUUUCGAAAAGGCAUAUUUUAUCUUAGACGAAUUGCUUGUUGGUGGAGAAAUUCAAGAAACUAGCAAAAAAAAUGUAUUGAAAGCCAUUGCUGCCCAGGACCUAUUACAGGAGGAGGAAACUCCCCAGGGAUUCUUUGAAGAUCACGGAUUGGGAUAAUAUUUUUUAAAACGAUACGCGUGUUUCUUCGUAAGUCUACAUUCCUACACACGACUAUUUUAUCAUUCCUUAUUUUCAUUAAUGCAAUCUCCGUAUCAUUAAGAUGGCUUCAUAUGACAUGGCCAAUGUACUUCAACAUUAGCAAAUAUUACACAUAUACAUAUGACAUAAUUAUCCAUAUGUGAUAUGAAUGUAGGCCAAUAUUUAGUGAAUGUGCGUAAAGUUAGUGCACAUUGGCUGUAUUGUCUGAAGCUGCCUAUUUGAGCUUCAAAAAUUAUAAAAAAAGUGAAAAAAACAUGAA